AUGUUUAUUAUAUUUUUAUUUUGCAUUACAACAACUCUUAGUUCCUUCAUUAAUUGUCCAGAAUAAACUUAAUAAUAUUGUGAUGAUAAUUAUCAUCCUGUUUGUGCUUAUGUCUAAGAUGAAAAAGUAUUUAUCAUUUAAUAAUUAAAUAUAGAUUGCUAAACAAUAUUAAAAUGCUUGUGAGGCUUGUAAGAUAUCUACUACAUAAUAUUAUUAUGAAGGGGAAUGUAAAUAGUUAAAAAAUCAUACCUAAAUUUAUCGUUUAACUACUGAAUCAAAUGAAUAAUCAGAUUUAAUAAAGGACUGUGAUGAAAACAUAAGAUAUUUGACUGAUUGUAGUAAUAAAGAAAGUUUAGUAUGUGGUGUAUUUACUUCUACUGAAAAUUGUACAACUUGUUAAAAUGAAUAUUAUAAUUUUUGUGUGGCAUGUGCAGAUUAAAAAGUUGAUUAUUAUUAUGAUGGAUAUUGUAAAAAUGAAUAAACGUAAUUAAUCCUUAUAAUUCAAUAGAAAAUCAGAAAUUAUUUAUUGUCCUGCAGAUAGACCAUCCAACUGUGAUGAAAACGGUUAAUCAGUUUGCUCAUAAACUACAUAUCCAUGCUCUACUUAAGAUUGUGUAUUGGAAAGUAAAUCAUGGUGUGCAGCAUGUUCUAAUUCAUAAGUUAUCACAUAUUAUUAAGGUAGUUGUCAAAAAUAUUUGGAGUAUAAAUAAUUUAAUUAAUCUAAGAUAUGCUAAAAAUGUUAAUAUAAUGGAAGAAGUGGCUUAAAAAUGUAAUUCUUUAUAACCUGAAACUUGUACAGAAACUGUCUAGGAAGUAUGUGCAACUGAAACUUGUAAUGAUGAUGGAUUAAUUUGUUAAAAGACUUAUAGUAAUUCAUGUUUAGCAUGCAAGAAUACAAAGGUAAUUAGUUACUUACCAUUUUCAUGUUUCUCAUAUUAAUAAUUUAUUAUUUGGAGUAUGAUUAUUUAUUUUUUGUAAUGA